CUUUUGCCCCCUGGAGGUCCGUUUUCCAGCGUGAGUGUUGUUUCUCGGGACAUAGACGGAAUUCACAUGGCGGAGCCGAUCUCCGACGACGGCGGAGGCGGAGGAGACACGGCGGCGGCGGCGGCGGCGGCUUGCGGCGAGCAGACACCGCCGGCCAUGGAAGGCGCGGGGCCCACGAACCGGAAGGAGAAGAGGAAGGCGGCGAAGAAGAUGAAGCGGAAGCAGCUGAGGAAGGAGGCGGCGGCGAGGGAGCGGGAGGAGGAGGAGGCGCGGAUGAACGAUCCGGAGGAGCGGAGGAGGGCGGAGGUGGCGGAGAAGGAGGAGGAGGAGAGGAGGGAGAGGGAGAGGAAGGAGUUCGAGGAGAGGGAGAGGGCCUGGGUCGAGGCGAUGGAGAGGAAGAGGAAGAAGGAGGAGGAGGAGGAGGAGGCGGCGGAAGCGGAGGAGCGAGCAAGGGCUCUGGAGGAGUCGCGGCGGCAGCAGGAUGAGGACGAGGAGCAUAACCGGGACGACGGUGAUGAUUGGGAAUAUGUGGAAGAAGAAGGGCCUGCAGAGAUCAUCUGGCAAGGGAAUGAGAUAAUUGUCAAGAAGAAAACCAUCAGGGUUCCGAAGAAGGGUUCGGACACGCAAAUGUCGAAAGAGGAUGCUGAUAGGCCGACCUCAAAUCCUCUCCCUCCACAGUCUGAAGCAUAUUCAGACUACAAGAAUGCAUCCACUUUAUCGGCUCAACAGGUGUUGGAAAAUGUUGCUCUCCAAGUGCCUAAUUUUGGGACUGAGCAGGAUAAAGCUCAUUGUCCUUUCCAUCUGAAGACUGGAGCUUGUCGAUUUGGGCAGCGGUGCAGCAGAGUCCACUUCUAUCCUGAUAAAUCAUGCACACUGCUAAUUAAGAACAUGUAUAAUGGUCCUGGCCUUGCGUGGGAGCAAGACGAGGGGCUCGAGUACACAGACGAAGAGGUUGAACGUGCAUUUGAGGAGUUUUAUGAGGAUGUUCAUACAGAGUUCUUGAAGUUUGGAGAAAUUGUGAAUUUUAAGGUUUGUAAAAAUGGUUCAUUCCAUUUGAGGGGAAAUGUUUAUGUACAUUACAAAUCCAUGGAUUCAGCUGUGCUGGCUUACAAUUCUAUUAAUGGCCGAUUCUUUGCUGGCAAACAGGUAACAUGUGAAUUUGUCAAUCUUAUGAGGUGGAGAGUCGCCAUCUGUGGGGAUUAUAUGAAGUCAAGGUUCAAGACAUGUUCCCAUGGAACUGCUUGCAAUUUCAUUCACUGUUUCCGCAAUCCGGGUGGCGAUUAUGAGUGGGCUGAUUGGGAUAAAUCACCUCCUAAGUACUGGGUCAGUAAGAUGGCUGCUUUAUUUGGUUAUUCUCUGGAAAACUAUCAAGAGGAGGAGAAAAGACCAGCAAAUGUGGGUCGAUGGAGAAACUCUAGCAAGAGCUUUGAUUCAAGGAGGGGUCGCACAAGGAGAUCUAGUUCAAGGGAGAAGGAUUACUUGAGUUCUAGACGAUCCGAAGAGAGCCAUGCAACACAUCAGGAGCGUGAUGAAGAGGAGAUGAAGUUUAAUGAUGAGAAAGAAAAGAUGAACGUCAAGAACCAUCAUCGCAGCCAUAGAAGGAACCCUCGAGAUGAGGAUGGUCAUCGACUAGCAGUUGACACAGACAAGGAAAGGUGGCAUGGCAAUGCAAGGAGAAGCUCAAGACAUUGGAAUGAUUCAGUUUCUCCGGAUGAAAAUAGGGACAUCAAGAGGACAAGGUAUCGUGUUGAAUCUGACGGGAGUAAAUCAGAAAUGGAUGAGGAUGAGGAAGCGCGUCGUGCCCCUUCUAGGGACAUCAAAAGGACAAGGUAUCUUGUUGAAUCUGACGGGAGUAAAUCAGACACGGAUGAGGAUGAGGAAGCACGUCGUGCCCGUCCUAGAAGACAUACUAAAAGGCACAAGACAAUAAAGCAUGUGGACAGAUCGGGAAAAACCCACGACACUGAUUUCUCCUUGCACCGUUCUAGUAGGGACGGACAUGAUGGUUACAGCAAGCAUAGAAGCUCGAAACAUAGAAAGAGAUCUAGAUCCAGCGAUAAUGAUUCAAUGUCCCACAAUAUCCAGGACCGCUGGGAUCCAGAAUAAUACAGACUGGAGGAUUCAGAAUAGUGGGUAGGCGAAGUGGAUGUGCUGGAGUGACUUAAUCUUGUGAUGGUGAUUUACAUUACCGUGAUCUCAGAUAAUUUGAUCAAGGAUUUCAUCUGUAAUAGUCUUCUGAGAAGAGACGCACUCCCUGGAAAGAAAAACUGCUGACAACUAUUCAUGUUAAAUAAACUCGAGAAUCUUGUGGGGAGACUUGUCGAUGAAGGAGAUCCAAGGGACAGAAGUCAAUCAAGCCAUGGGAAAAUGCCCACUUUAGUCUCGACUGAAGUACAGAUCCUUCGCAACAGUGCCCCACCUGCCCAACCUUGUGCUGGAAAGCCCUAUGAAGGUACGACGGUUGAAGAGUCAGAGCUAGCCUUGCAUUUUCUUUAACUCCUGGUGCAAAACCACUUCAUGGCAUCCCCAGAAAAACUGCUGGUGUGGGUUUCUCGAGAGAAUGCGGCAGGAUUGUUAAUAUCUGAUUUUUGGGAAAGAAUACGCACAAGGCUCCACCAGAGUUUAUGACGAAUUAUCAAUUGCGCCUUGUGAUUAUAUUCAGGUGAAGCAUUUGCAUUCCGUGUGCAUGGCUUCGAUUGCGAGAUGGUAAUGGGAUGGAAUGAACUGAUCAUCGAUUCUUAACUAUCGAGUCACGUUGGAUUGGCAUGAUUCAAUUGCUAAGAUCUGCAUGGCAUCAAUGCUAUGACAAUUUCAAUUACCGGUCGAAUGAUUCCAAUUUUUUGACUUUAUGUUGGCGCUUUCCUUUGCCC